AUCAAGUUGAAUCAACUUUUAAGCUGUGUUCGAAAGGAAGUAAUGGACAUUUCGUCAUUACGAACCUUAAUUGUUGACAAUUAUGAUUCAUACACAUUCAACUUGCUUCAACUAUGGGGUAGCGAAGAAAGCGUCAAAAACGUGGUUGUGAUCAGAAAUGACCAAUUUUCCUGGACAAAAUUUAAGAACAAUAUACUUUCAUACUUCGACAAUAUUAUCAUAUCACCAGGACCAGGUAGUCCGGAGAAUGCUUCUGAUUUUGGUAUAUGUGCAAAAAUCCUUGAAUUAGACGAUAUUCCAAUUUUAGGUGUGUGUUUAGGACAUCAAGGUAUUGGCGUUACUUUCGGUGCUGAAAUUAUAAAUGCUAAAAGGAUAAUGCAUGGAAGACCAAGUCCUAUUUAUCACGACGGAACACAUGAUAAAACGUCUUUAUUCCUAGGCAUACCGAGUCCAUUUUGUGCUGUCAGAUACCAUAGUUUGGUGGUCGAUAAUAAAGAUCUGCCUCAGCAAUUAAAAAUUUCAGCUUGGUGUUCCGAAAACGACAAUGAUUUGCAGGAAAGACCUCUCAACAAUAAACCGCCUCUUAAAGAAUUGAGUACAAUUAUGAGCGUGAAGCAUUUAUCUAAACCAAUUUAUGGCGUUCAAUUUCAUCCAGAGGCAUGGUUUGUUCAAAAUUUUAAUGAUCGCCAAAGACCUACUCUUCCGCCAUCUAUCACGUCACUUUCAAUGGCCCCUAUAAGUGUUCAUUCACCUAAACCAUCAAUAUCGAAUACUGGAAAAUGGUGGUUGGAUAGCUCAAGGCAACCAGAUCCGCAAAGUCGAUUUUCAUACAUGGGUUCGAAACCGGCCAUAUCAAAUUCAUUUUCGACGUCAUAUUCUAUACAUAAUAAAACAUUAUCAAUUACAUACUCAGACGGUACAUUGUCAUCGAAAAAACUUGCAGAUGAUCAAACGUUUUGGAAUUGGAUGUCUGAUAUAAUAUCACAUUUUAAUCAGCGUAUUGCUGGGUUACGGAUAUUGAAUAAUAACGGUAAUCUUGAAAAUAUUAGACAUAGAUUGCCUUUUGAUUUUCGAUUGGGAAUGGUGGGUUAUUUUGGCUAUGAAAUGAAACUAGAAUCAAUGCCUAAAUGUACUUUGUCAAAAGAAUAUCCGGGUCAUUCCUUUGCAUGUAAAAGUCCAGACGCAGCAUUUAUUUUCGCAACUCAGGCCAUAAUAUUUGACCAUAUCGAAAAGCGUAUGUGGGUUGCCGGAUUAGUACGCCCUGAUGACUGCGAUGUUCCUGUUUCACUGAAUUCUCUAGAUGUUGAUAGAAUUAUUGGAUUUUCACAUUCAGAUUUUUUAUCUUGG